GUUCAAGUUCACCUUGCGUUAUCGUCCAAAUGUCCGGCGGCGCCUUGAACAACAUCGCGGAGAUCUCAACCCCCGGCGUGAGUUGCAGCCACAAAGCCGUCGCCCGUACUCUCCGCCUGACUCACACUUGCGCCUGCGCCCAAUGCACACAUGCACAUGUCCUUGGACACCAAUUGGACACCCUUCCGGCCAUGACAGGAAUGACGCAGGUCAACCAUCAAUCUUUUAAUGCCAAAGCAGGG